GCAGUCCUCUCUCCCACGCAAGGUAUCCUUGCGGGGCAUUUUAAAAGUAGCUAUCAGAAGAAAAGUUUUUUAUAACAUAUAACACCCGCAAGGAUAUUUUGAAAUUGUUAACAUUUUUAAGCAUAUGUCCACAUUGCAGUUAGAGGUUUUAAUCUGUUAAAGACGAAAUUGGUGACGAAGUGAUUGAUUGCAAAAGAAAAGAUUGCUGAAUCAAAACAGAGCACAACUCAGGAUUGGCCUAUUUGAAGACUUCGAGCUUGCAAUGGAUCCAAUAGCAUUAAGUUGGGAACUAUUGUCGGGUUUUUCAGUAGGUGGGAAACCACUCCUGGAAUUACUAGGUGUAAUCGACAGCGAAUUAACCAUAUUAAAAGCAAUGUGUAGAAAAGAUCUCCAAAGCAGCAUCAGUCAUUUCAGGAGAGGUGUAGAAAAACUAAAUCUCCCAAAGUCAAUUGAAAACAAAGAAUAUGAGUCGCUACCAUCAAAGACACUACAGUCGGCUAAAGAGUCGUUUAUCGAGGCGGACAGAGAAGCAAACAAGGCAUUUCACAACAAAUCAUUAAAAAUUGAAGAAAAAAUAACUGCGUGCAUGAUUUGCAUCGCAAGUUCUAUUCUUCGACAUUUUAAUGAUAGUGAGGCAGCAGAAAAGGAUGCUAUGGUAUACUUGAAAAACUUGAAUUCGUUGCACGAGAUAGGAAAGCUUUUUUCUUUUCCACAAUUAACCUUUAACAAAAUCCAGAGGGACAAAAACAUUGAAAAUGUACUGAUGGUGAAUUUAUUACUAGCCAAUUUCAUUUCAAAAAACACAUUUAUAAAACGAGCUGUUCUUGACUGGCCAUUAAUUGAAUCAGGUGUGCACAAGUUUCAUCCUUUGUAUUUUAAAGAUAUUGAAGGAAUCAUGAGUUCUUCCACACCUUGGUACGAAUCUCAUUUUUGUAAAGAUGAAGCUCACCUAUUUGUCGACAAAGAAAUCACAAUAACCAACGAAGGAGAAGUGCUGAUUUUUUCUGGAAAAAAUCUCCAAAAAGUCGACAGCGAAACAGGAAAGCUUCAACCGUGGUGUAAAGGAAGUUGUGAGAUUGAUGAUUGGCAAGUUAGAUGUAUGACAGUUGAUAACAAUGGCGUGGUAUAUGUUCUUUCUGGUUAUGGAAAUAAGAACACUUGGAACUAUCAAUUGACAGUUUUUUCAGAAGAUGGCGCUAUCCAACAAUCUACUUUGAAGUUUCUAGACAAUAUAGAGGCACGAAACUUGUUUAUGGCCGUCACAAAUGAUGAAGUAGUUGCUAUUGCAUUUGUUGAAGGUGACCAACCUAACAUCAACCUAUGUGUAUGCUACAAAACUGGUUUUCUCUUUCUCGAACCUUGUAGGAUUAUAGGCAUUAAUAAUCCACUUGUUGACGAGUUGAAAUCUUUGUGUUUUUCUGCUGAUAGGCAAAUAGCCAUGAUAACCUAUCGACAUCCCCGUGAAUAUUACAGAAUCCUUUUCUACAACAUGGAAGCAAAUUUAUCAGAUUGCAUGAAAUUCAAACCGUCCCUUGAUGAGAUCAAAGAAUAUGAUCAAUUAUUUACACACCACUCUCCAAGUGUAUCACAGGUUAUUUCUUUAACAAGGAUGCUUCAAAGUUAUUGAUCGAGACUUUUUCAACUGAAACCAAAAAACUACAGUCGUCGCUCGUAUUGAUGAAAGCAGGAUAUGAUUUGGGAUUGUUUAAUGGCUCAUUUCGUAUUGUUUAUCAUGGUAACGGAGGAGUGGCUUUGGUUACAAAAGAGUGCAUAGUUCAUUUAACAAAAAAUUUAGAAGAAAACCCCAGUCAAAACCGAGUGUUUAAGGAUAGGAAUGAGCCUGGCCUUUCAGAAGCAACAAAAAAGCCUGAUACCAACCAUAACGUUCGUGCCUACAGCGUUAAAGUAAGAAAAAAAAGUGAACGAAAAAACGACGACAGCUCGGAACAAAAACUUGAAAAGAGUUUCAGUCAAGGAAGUUAUUUUAAGACGCUUAAAGAGUUGGAAAAAAGUUGAUAUGGCGGAGUUGUACUCCAGUAUCUAAUGCUAUUACUCAAUUCAAACAAACAAAAAGCAAAGAAUUCAUUGAGUCGCACGUAAAAAUACGUUAUUAUCGCACACACUCUAACUUUAUUGCUUCAAAGCAAUAUUGCAUGGCAAUUCGAGGUCGCAAAAAUAUCAAGAUGAUAAAAUUUUUAGACAAAAUUUUACCACUAGCACUGUCAACUUUCAUACACAUCACGAUACUUCAACAUAUAUAUUUUGAUCAAUGUUUAUUGUGGGCACUAGAACUCCUAAUGUCUUAUAUGAAAUUAUAAUAACAGCAUGCGCACAUGUCAAAUAGCAACAAUGUCAAAAAAUUUAUACGUUGCUUAAUUGCUUCCAAGCUUUUAAUGAGUAUAGAUACAUUGGUAGUUACAGAAUACAAAAAAACUGCAGAAA